CCAAUCAUGUUAAAAGCAUUUCCAUUUUACGAAAAAUAAUCAAUUUUAUAUUAUAUAUUUAUAAUUUUCAUUAUUGAAUUGCAUUUUUUCCUACUUUGGUAAUCGAAUAUCAUUAUCCUAAGUACUUUGUCUUAAAAACGAUAGUUGUUCGUGAGGAAUACUAUUCCAUUUAUAUGAAUAAAUAACUUUUACACGUAACAUUUUCGAAAACUAAUUCACGAUUUGAUAUUUACAAUAAUAUUUGAAUAAAUAAUAUUGACAAUAAUAUUUGAAUAAGUAAUGUGGCUCGAAAAAUUGAAAAAACAUAAAAUAUGGAAAAUAUUUAACGCGACAGAUUUUAAUUCAUUGAUGUUUCCUUGUUUCUUUAUAUGCGGAAUAAUUGGAUAUUUUCCUUACAAAUGGAAACGUCCAGUAUAUUUAUUUUCGAAAACUCGUUUCGUUAUUAGUAUAUUUAUACUGUUACUUUCCAUUUUUAUAUGGUUUAACUUGUUUUACCAACUGAAUUUUACUAAUAUAAUAAAAAAAAACACAGCAGAAGUAAUUCAUGAAAACAUGUACGCGCUUUUGGUUGGAAUUGGUAUUAUAACGAUGCAUAUUUUAUCCGGUACACGAUUAUACAUGAUUCAAAACUUAUUAAAGAUUUCUUUCAUAUUAUCUGAAAAAGAUUUCAACGAUUUAGCGAGACGGAUUCACAAAAAGGACAUUCUUGGUUUCUUAUACAUCCUUAUUCAUUUACCAAAUUGUUUCAAGAGCAACAUCCAUGUGACUCUACGAAAUGUUACACAUUUGUAUAUAUUAUUGAUUAAUUUUUCAGUAGAUAUGUUUUACAUAAACUGUGUUUGGGUGUUAAAAGUUUGUUUUAAAAAAUUGAAUAAAUCCAUUCAUGAAUUGAAAAAGUUUCAAUUCGACAAUGAUCCACGAGUAGAGACAAUUGUGCACCAUGAGCAGAAAAAUUCUUUGUUGCUAAUAAAAUUAAAGCGUUUAGAGGAAAAACAUUUAGAGAUCAGCGAUGUCGUUGAAUUGGUGAACGAUACAUUUAUGAUACAUAUUAUAGUUUUGGUUAUCACGACGUUUACCACAAUCACUUUCAAUCUGUAUUUCUUCUUACUUAAAAUAUAUUCACCUGAAACUGAAAACAUUAAGUUCUGGUUCAUGCCGAAUAUUGCUCCAGCGUUUUAUUUUUUCAUUAAAUUUGCGAUGAUAAUUUGGAUCUGCGAGUCAACAACGAACGAAGCGAAGAAGAUUAAAUGGACCCUUUAUGAUACUUUCAACGAUACGACUGAUCCAAUGGUAAGACGCGAGGUACACCUUUUUUCUUUGCAAAUAAUGCACAGGAACAACAAAUUCACAGCAAAAACAUUCGAUAUGAACAGUGUACUGUUGGGACAGAUUACAAAGGGAAUUCUAAUAUACAUUUUGAUUUUGUUUCAAUUUUUAUUAAACUAUCGUCUGUGUUCUUAAUCGAAAGAGCAAGAUGUUCGAAAGAACGUUAUUCUGGAUAAUAUGUGUGUUCUUUUCAUUGAUUCUUUGGCAAUUUUCUCAGAUAUAAAAUACUAUUAUCUGUAAUAAUUUUUAAAUGCACUGAAUUAUUUAUAUAUAUUAUUUAUAAGCAAUAACAUGCGUAUAUAUCAAUAAAUUUAUCAAUAUGAAUUA